GAAGAGUUUCCUUUCGUGUCGCUUAGGGGUUCCUCGCAAGCACCAUCUGACAGAGAAAAGCCCUGGCUCCCGCCCCAGUAGCUUCUAAUCCUGGUCCCCGCGCCCAGAAAGCCCGGAACCGGCAAGCCUAGCAAGGCGUUUUGAAAGGGAACAGGACCCCCCGAGUACAGGAUGCGUUUUUGCCUCACAAAAGUCCCUUGGAGGUGGGGGGACGGCAGCGACCUGAGGCGCAGGAAAAGGAAAGCACACGGCGAGCGGCCCUUGGAACCAGGAACGCAAAACCUCGGCCCCCAGGCUCCCAUUUCCAGAUUUGCGGGUGACCUCCUCAAGAUGGCCGCCGCCUGGGGGCGGGCCGCCACGCUGCAUGGGUGUUGAUUGGGUGAGACGACUAGAUGGUGAGCAAUGAUUGGUUUACACGGCGCGAGCUGGGCGGAACCGGAAGAUGGUGUGUGCCAAGGGCUGCCGGGGGCCUGGGGCUCGGCGUCGGUUCCCGGGGGAUGUGGAGAGCUGGCAGCAUGUCGGCUGAACUGGGAGUCGGAUGCGCAUUGCGGGCGGUGAACGAGCGCGUGCAGCAGGCGGUGGCGCGGCGGCCGCGGGAUCUUCCAGCCAUCCAGCCCCGGCUAGUGGCCGUCAGCAAAACCAAACCUGCAGACAUGGUGAUCGAGGCCUAUGGACACGGGCAGCGCACUUUUGGCGAGAACUACGUUCAGGAACUGCUAGAAAAAGCAUCAAAUCCUAAGAUUCUGUCUUUGUGUCCUGAGAUCAAAUGGCACUUCAUUGGCCACCUACAGAAACAAAAUGUCAACAAACUGAUGGCUGUCCCCAAUCUCUUCAUGCUGGAAACAGUGGAUUCUGUGAAGUUGGCAGACAAAGUGAACAGUUCCUGGCAGAAAAAAGGUUCUCCUGAAAGGUUAAAGGUUAUGGUCCAGAUUAACACCAGCGGAGAAGAGAGUAAACAUGGCCUCCCACCUUCAGAGACCAUAGCCGUCGUGGAGCACAUAAAUGCCAAGUGUCCUAGCCUGGAGUUUGUGGGGCUGAUGACCAUAGGAAGCUUUGGGCAUGAUCUUAGUCAAGGACCAAAUCCAGACUUCCAGCUGUUACUGGCCCUCCGGGAGGAGCUGUGUAAAAAGCUGAACAUCCCUGCUGACCAGGUUGAGCUGAGCAUGGGCAUGUCCGUGGAUUUCCAGCACGCGAUUGAAGUAGGAUCUACAAAUGUCCGAAUAGGAAGCACCAUUUUUGGAGAGCGGGAUUACUCAAAGAAACCCGCCCCGGAGAAGUGCGCAGCAGACGUGAAGGCCCCGCUGGAGGUGGCACAGGAGCACUGAGCCAGGGAAUACUGAGAGCACUAACUAUGCACUAACCUAGAUUUUCAUUUCGAUAUUCCCUGUGUCCCAGCACAGUCCUGCUCUCCUAUGACCUGUGGAGAGCACUAAUGAUCACGUGUGUUGAUGGAAACCAUCUGUGCUUAGUCUCUGACAUAGGAAGCUUGUCUCAAGCAGUGACUUUGGAUUGAGUUUGAGAAAUUCAAACAUUUCUGCAGAACAGAUACCAAAUCAAUAGCUAGGAAUCGUGUUCAAUAUUGAAUUCUGCCCAGGAGCAUGAACUGAUCCAUGAAUGCCUUUUCCAGGUUAAAAUUUGGUCACUGAUGCCUCUAAUCGUGGAAUUCAGAGGGAUUCCCCUUUUUCAUCUCAUUUUAAUAGGAAAUUCCUUAUGGUUAACUACUCCCUACAAACUCCUACUACAUUGUCUAGAUUGCUGCUCUGGAAUAAGGUGAUUUCUGCCCCCAGAUUCUUCCCUAGCCGAUAGAUAUGGGAAGAUAUUCCCAACUGUGGAAUGGCAGUACAGGCAACUUCAGGAAAUGGCUCGGGUUAAUUCUCAAAACACAAAUUGUUGCUGGCCAGGCACGGUGACUUAUGCCUGUAAUCCCAGCAAUUUGGGAGGCAGAGGCGGAAGGAUCGUCUGAGCCUAGGAGUUCAAGACCAGCCUCAGCAACAUCAGGAGACCCCAUUUCUACAAAAAAUUUAAAAAUUAACUGGGCAUGGUGGCUGAGGUGGAAGAAUCACUUGAGCCCAGAAGUUUGAGGCUGCAGUGAGGUAUGAUUGCACCACUGUACUCCUACCU